CGUGUGCAUGUUGGAUACGUAAUGCACUGCACUGCUAAACAAGCGCGCAACGUAAAUGCGGGAUACGUGGAUGACCGACCGUAAACCACCGAAUCUAGGCCACCAAACAACUACAUUUCCCCGGUUGUCCUGGCCAUUGUAGCUGUCGUAUUCACAAGCCUUUUAGCCCCUAUUUUGCCCGUGUCAAUAAUGGACAACCUUCUGAAGAAUUUAGGCGGAGUGACGCUGAAGUCCCUGUUGGAGAAUCCGAGUUUGCUACAGGCGCCGACAUUACAUGUAGGCCUACGUAACACUCAUCAGGAAGAUCAAGAUGAAGAUGGCAAAAAACAGCAAGAGAUCGACUUUGAGAAGAAGCUGAAGGAAGUUGAGGGUGAUUAUUUUGCUCAGACAGAUUUGGGUGCAGCAUUCCUGGGCCCCAAUCUGUGGGAUAAGACGUAUGGAGACGAUGACUUCAAACUGGAGUACAUGGAAUUGGAUGAAUUUUUGUCUGAGAAUGGUUUGCCUGUCAACACAGCCGAGCAGAUCUUGAACAAUGACCAACAGGAUAUCAAUGAAACACCAGAAAACAACGAGGAAGCGGCCGGUGAACUCCUGAGCUCUCCGGAGAAACCAGUUGUUCCAGCAAGCCCUACACCUUCAGAUCGAACACCAAGCCCUGUUGAUGUGAAUGUCAACUAUGACCUGUCUCCUACUGACAUUGCCUUGUCAACCAUCCCUGGUCAACAUGAGUAUGAUCCUCGUACUAGGAGUUUCAGUGAAGAGGAGCUGAAACCACAACCUAUGAUCAAGAAGUCACGUAAGAUUUACGUUGCCCAUGAGGCUAAAGAUGACAAAUACUGGGACAGAAGAAGAAAGAAUAACAUCGCCGCCAAGCGAUCACGUGAUGCACGCCGUAUCAAAGAGAAUCAGAUCAGUAUGAGGGCUGCAUUCCUUGAGAAGGAAAACAACGCCCUCAGGGAUGAACUGUUGGCCAUGAAGAAAGAGAACAGCGGCCUCAAGUCUGUGGUUAAAUCAUAUGAACGUAAGCUGGGGAUUCAGUGAGUGACUCAGAAAUGAGAGUGGGUAAUAGAAUCCAAACGGGAGUAUUACAGGGAAGUAAGGUUACACAUUCUCUCUCCCCAGUAGAGAGACACGAUGCACCCUGACUACAGACAAGUUUUCUUGUUAAUGCAUUGUACAUUCUUAUCUCAGAGAAACAAAUACCUGUCCUUAGUAAGAGUGCAUCGUGCAAGAUAUUGGAAA